AUGUCUGUUGCUUGGUUAGAGCAGAGAAGCGUGUACUAUCUCGUCUGCUUAGCAGCCGUGGCACUGGCGCUGCUCUCGGCGUCCUCGCAAUGGCUCCCGGGACGUGCAGAACUGAGGCAGCCCGCCCGCAUGCGCCUGUUCAUGCACGAGGUGCUCACCGGCCCGGGCGCCACGGCGGUGGGGGUCGUGAACGGCACAGGGCCGGUGAUUCUCGUGGGUGAGCCGCCGCUGCGGUUCGGGCAGGUGGUCAUGAUCGACGAUGCUCUGACGGAGGGGGCGAGCCCGGCGUCGAGGUCCCUGGGAAGAGCUCAGGGGUUCUACGCAUUCGCGUCCAUGCACGGCCCUGCGGUGCUCUUAUGCAUGAACGUGGUGCUCACGGCAGGGCCCUACUCCGGCAGCACCUUCACCGUCUUCGGCCGCGACAACAUCGUGGAGCCGCUACGGGAGCUUUCGGUCGUCGCUCCAGUUAGACGUGUUUGUCUACAUUCCCGCCCAUGCAUGACCACGCCCUCUAUUGGCUUUGGCCGAUUGGUCUCAGUCUUUUAA